AUGGAAGACAAGUUAAGAAGUUGGGGUCUUUCAGAUGCAAUUAUUACUGUAUUUAAAGAAAAUGAAAUCGAUGAACAGCAACUACCUUAUCUUACAACUGACUUGCUUAAAGAGUUAAUUCCUCAUGUAGGACCUCGUUUAAUUGCACAGCAGAAAAUUUUAGAAUUAAAGUUAAGUCAAGACGAAAAUCAAACCAUUAACAAGGUUGAGCACAGAAUCUCUAGUAUGAGUACAGUAAGCGAUAAUACUGAAAACUCUUUUGUUAGUCUAGAAAAUGUCCCUAUUGUGAUUGCUAAUACUGAUGAUUCUGCCUUAUGUGGAUCAGGCUUUGAUUACGGGAAUAUACUAAGUUUAAUACAGCCGAAGUUUGAUGAUUUUGACCUCAAAACUCUAUUAGCAACCACUGCACUUGGAAAAAGUAUUUUGUCCUACUAUGCUGCUAAUCAAAAUCUUGAUAACACAAGACGAAAUAGACUAGUCUCUAUUAUAGUUAAACACUUAUACAAUUACAUUGUCAAAAAACGUCUUAGUAGGGAAGAGUACAAUAUGUUGGCAGCAAAAAUUAUAUCAAUUUUCCCCACAGAAACAUUAGGGGUUUAUUAUUGCCCCCCGAUUCGCAAGGGAGAACACCCACUAAAAAAAUCCGUUAUGGCAAAGGGCAAGUUAGUCAACCAAGUGCGAAAUAUACUAUUUCGCUCAGGCGAUACUACCUUACGCAGAACUACUGGCAGUAAAAGGGAUUCAGAAGGAAGUGAAGAUGCAUCUUCACUUUAUGAAUAUGAUGAUGGGCCGUCAAAAAAAAAUAAAGGCAAUGACAAUAACGAAGAUAUUUUAUGGCUACAACAUAAUUUUGAGCCGUGGGAGAAAGUAUUAGAAAAGUGGAAGAACACCUAUCAUUUUAGAAUGUCUAAUAGCAAAGUUACAAAUGUUACUGAAUAUUUCGCCCUUUGGCCUGUUUUACAUGAUAUCCGAGGAGACGUUCUUAUUAGCUUGGAUUUUGAAAGACUUUAUCCUCAGUCCCAAGUCUCGUUUUAUUUAAAGUGGAAUUCAUUCUUUGAGCAAGUAUUAAAGUCCAAAAUUGGAGAAAUUAGGGAUGUCCAAAUAAAGGAAUUGCACAAACUGCUACUGGAAAAAACCGAUGAAGAUGAAAAGCUACCAAUACAGCUCACUUUACUGGGUCACCUACUUCCGCCCAGAGGCAGGACUAAAAACUGGAAAUUUUCCAUUCUAGAAAGUAUUGAAGGAAUAAUUAUUCAUGUUGAGAAUCCUGGUGACAUUGAGAUGACCAUCCAGAAAACUAUUGAAAAAGCUUACGAUCGAAAACUCACGGUGCAGCCUUACUUAUUGGUAGAAGGUAACACAAUUGACAACAUCCGGUCCUCAUACUUGGUUUUUGAUAAAAUUAAAUAUCAGUUCAACACCGUAACAAAGGCUUUCGAUUUGUUAUUUAAAAGUUACCAUGCUUUAAACAUCCAGUACCCGCCGCAAAGUGCCCACAUACUACAGUUAAUUCAAAACGCGGUUUACAACAUUUUCACCAAGUACGACACUGUAUAUCCAGAAAACCUGGAUAUACUGAGAUUAUUUAAAAAUGAAUAAAAAAAUAUAAAUUCAUUUAGUAAAGUAAUGCUCAUGUGUCUAUAACUUGUUAAAUUUAAAUUUUAAGACAUAUUACAGUUCCCCUUUUGCGUCAUGAAAUGCACAAAUUGCAGUAAACACUUUUCAUGCCUUAAAAAGUAUGUUAUACAUAUAGAAUAUGCCCAUCACUUAAGUAAUUAUUAUAAAUGUCCAAUUAAAAACUGUCAUCGGUUAUACAAUAGGCGCGAUAAUUUUAAGAGACAUGUGGUCACUAAACAUUUGGCUCAUGUUAAGCCUCAGCAAAAAAAAUCUUCUGUUGAAAGUAUACAUCAAGAGACUAGUUCUUUACCUACAAAUCAUGGUAACAAUGACUUUGCAAAGAUUUCCGAUAAUCAGGAAGAAUCAAAGCAAUUUAAAUUUGAUCUAAAGCAUAACACUAGACAGUUUUCGCAUCUUCUAGAAUCUACAGUAGCAAACUUAUCUUCUAAAUUAUAUAGUAAUAUGGGUUUUAACAGAACACUUAUUCAAUAUGUUAUUGAAACGGUUAUUUCAUUUUUAAAAUCAGGAAUAUUAGAUAUAGUUAAAAAUCUCUGUUCACAUGCAUUAGAUAACAGCAAUAGCUUUAAAGAUAUAUUAAAUGCCAUCAGUAUAAUGAUGGACAUAUUAGAAAAUUCGUUCGAUUCUCUAAAUACAGAAUAUAAAAGAUUCAAAUAUUUCGAAAAUUGCCAAUAUUUUGUUAAACCACAAGAGCAAGUAAUUGGAGUUAGUGAUGAACAAAAGAAACAGAAUAAUCAAAAAAUUAUGAUUUUAAAAAAUCACCUUUCAUAUUCUGUCCCAAUGAGAAUGACACUAAAAUCAUUUUUUGAAAUUCCAGGAGUUUUUAAAACUGUUGAAAGUUACCAUAAUAAAUUAGAACAAAGUGUUGUCAAAGAUAACAAUAAUUGUAUGACACAUCUGUUACAUGGCAGUUUAUGGCAAAAAGUCAAAAAAGUAUUCGCUAAUAACCAAAUUGUUUUUCCUCUAACUAUAUAUUUCGACGAUUUUGAAACUUUAAACCCUUUGGGAUCUCACGCUGGCUGUUACAAAAUUGGUUCUGUUUAUUUCUCAUUACCUUCAGUUCCUCCUGAUUACGCUAGUCGCUUAGAAAAUAUUUUUUUAUCUCUAAUUUUUUAUAGCGGCGAUAGGCAACAGUUUGGAAAUAAAAAAACGUUCGAUGUGAUCGUAAAGGAGUUAAAGUUUUUGGAAACGACCGGAAUAAACAUUACCAUAGACAAAGGAGAAGUCGUAAAUGUAAAAUUUUGUCUGGUAGCCCUAACAGGUGACAACCUAGGAGUACACGCGCUUUUGGGUUUCAAUGAGUCAUUUUCUUCUACUUACUAUUGUCGCUUUUGUCUUUCACCAAAAAACGCAAUGAGAAGUCAAACAGUUGAAAAUCGGAAAGUUCUUAGGCACAAAGAAAAUUAUAACGAACAUGUUGCAAACAAACUUGGAAUAAAAGAAUCCUGCUUGUGGAAUGAAUUGCCAAAUUUUCAUGUCUAUGACAAUUUAUGUUGUGACGUUAUGCACGAUUUGUUCGAAGGCGUACUUCGAUACGACAUGGCACUAGUCAUAUUUAAAUUAACUGAGGCAAAAUAUUUUACACUCGAAAGACUUAACGCAAGAAUAAAAUAUUUCACCUAUAGUAACGCUGAAAAAAACAUUUGUCCUGGAAUAAAUAAAGAUCAUGUAUCAAAUGACGGAUGCCUUAUUAUGUCAGCUGCAGAAAUGCUUUGUUUAACUAGAAAUUUUUGUUUAAUUGUGGGAGAACUUGUACCAGAUGAAAGUGAUGUAUGGAAGUUUUAUUUGAUAAUACUCAAAAUUACCCAAAUUCUAACAUCAACAGCAAUUACCCAAUCAGUACUAGAGCUUCUUUCUUCCUUAAUAAUUAUCCACAACGAAAUGUACAUGAAAAUAAGUGGAGAACAUCUUAAACCAAAAUUUCACUUUUUGAUCCAUUAUCCCAGAAUUAUAUCUAAAAUUGGCCCCCCAAUUUUAUUGAGUUGUAUGAGAUUUGAGGCAAAACAUAGGGAAUUAAAAAGUGUGUCUCAAAGAACGACUUGUAGAAAAAAUCUGCCGUAUACACUGACACUUAGGAAUCAGCUAAAAUUUUGCUACCGGUUAAUGGCAAAAGAAGGAUUAGGUGACCAAAUAUCUCUAGGAAAAAUCAGCGAUGUUGAUCCAGAUCGUCUAGUAGAAUUUCAGAAAAAUUCUCUAAAUCUUGAAUUUUUUUUUUGCUCAACAUUUUACGAAAUAAAUGGUGUGAAAUAUGAAACUAACAGUAUUCUUUUGGACAGUGUAUA